AUGGCUACAUCGAAUCCAGGCAUUGUAAUUGGAUCAGCGUGGUUCCAGCGAAAAAUUAAUCUACGACCAAAACAUCGAGGUGUUCAUUUAGUUACCGACGAAAUUUUACGUCAAAUUCCAGAGCUGUGCCAUUUUUCGGUUGGCCUAUUUCACAUACAAAUUUUACACACAUCCGCCAGUUUAGCGCUAAACGAAAGCUGGGAUCCCGAUGUUCGAGACGAUAUGGAAAUGAUGUUGAAUAAAAUCGUACCGGAAGAUGUACCGUAUCGACAUUCGUGCGAAGGUCCCGACGAUAUGCCAGCACAUGUGAAAGCAUGCUUUCUGGGUAGUUCAUUAAGUAUUCCAAUUACGGAUGGUAAAUUAACAUUGGGCACAUGGCAAGGUAUUUGGCUUUGUGAGCAUCGUGAUCAUGCCGGAUCACGGAAAUUAGCAAUUACAAUAUCAGGUUGUCCACGUGAUUCAAUCCAUAGUCCAACAUCACCCGUUUCACCAAUGCCUUCAACAACUAGUUAGGGCAGGUCUUACUGCCGAAAUGCUCGCGCAAAUUAAAAACAUUGUUAAAUUAAACAGAUGGACAAGAAAACGAGUGAACAAAUGAGUGCAGAAAAUAGACGAAAUUGAAGAGAAAUCUAUGCAAUAGCCACGAUUAAAUUUAAAAAGAAAGACACACACGGAGAAAGAGAGACACAAACAGCAGAAGCAACAGAAGCAAAGUGCAGGAACACUCAACUAACACACACCACACACACGAACACUUUACAAUGGCACGUUUAAAUGUAAAUCAAUAAAUAAUUAAGCUGACUUAGAGAGUGAGAAAAAGGAGGAACGUAUGGAUACAUAGAGCUACUACAACCCGAUUCAGAAAACUAAAACCACAAAAUUGAUAAAAAAAAUAUGCAAAAAGACACAAAAAGAAACACAAUAAAAACAAGUAUGGAUGUUAUCGAAGAGGAGAAGAAAAAAAAAACGAACAAAUGAGCCAAAUUUAAAAUUUGCAUUAAUCAAAGGCUAACGAAAAAUCGCUAUAAAAAUUCUGCAAUAACAACCACAACCACAAGUCGAAUCAGCUACAUUAUCACAAUCAUUGGAAUUUCGUGCUCGUCCUUUUUCAGUUUUCUUCGUUUUAUUUUUUUCGUCGCUGUUGUUUUCUCUUUAUCAGAUCAAAUGCAGAGCAUUCAUUUAACACGGCAAUAAAAAGCUAAACAAACUGACCCAAUAGCGCAACCGUAAAAGACAGGAAAAAAAAACCAAAACAUCCGAAAGAUAAUCAAGUAAAUGGAUUAAAUUGUACUGUAUAAAUUUCCAAAAACCACGAAAAGAAUUUGUUGACACAUAGCAGCCGCAGCCGGAAGUGAAUCGAAACGAAGACAGAAAAACACACACACGGAACAAAAAAUUAAACAUUAGCCCGUAAUAAAAGGAAAAGAAAAAUAGUAAAUAAAAUAUGGAAUUACUUCGAUAAAUGUAAAUGCAUGUUGUUCAUUUGUAUGAUACGGAUAAGGUACUUUUCACCCAGUCACAACACACACUCAGUCACGUUUUCACUCAGUCACGCGCCACACUCUGAACUAAUGGAAUAAAAACUACUAGAUAUCUGCUUUAGCAUAUUCAGACUCAAUUCAACGAUGCAUUCCAGGGCAGACGAAAAAAAAACCCAAAAAGAAAAAUCAUAAAUAAAGUUCAAUAAAUAAUAUAAUAAUCGUUUGAGGUCAAAAGAGUGUGUAAUUAAGGGAAGAGAGAGAGAGAGAGAGAGAAAGAGCGUGUUAUCACACGCAGCCAUUCGUUCAUAGUUUUUGUCAUCGAAAAGGUGGUUUUAUUUUUGGUUAUUCUCUUACCCAAUUAAAUUUUCCUUGCAUUUGUUCUUCUGUGAAUAAAUACGUACCUAACGUAAAAUAAUAAUCAUUCAACUGGUGAUAUUAGUUUCCGAUACAAUGAAGUGGUGGAAUAGACGAUGUUUUGAACUGGAUUCUUAUCAGUCGGCCAAUGGUCACAUAUACACACUCACACAUACAGACACACAUCCGCAGAUACACACAUUCGAAGUUUGUGUUUGUUUCAUACGUUUUUUUUUCUUUCAAAGCAAUCCAAGCAAAUAAUAAAUCAACGUUGUAAUUUAGAAAAGAAAAUAAUAUGAUAUAUUUUAAAUCGAAAUGAAUAAUAAAACGUGAACAAAAGAAAGCAUCAAAGUUACAUAUAUAUUUUAGUUGUUUUCAUUUAUUUACUCAUUGUUUAUAAUUAUAAAGCAAAUAAAUGACACACACACACACAUCAGGAGACUAGAGAGUAAAAUAAUUUUGUUCAAUUAACAUUGACAUGGAAAUGGGAAAAGCUUGAAAUUGAUUUGUAUAAAGAGGAAUAUUUUCGGUUGAAGUUAAAGCAUCGAACAUCUAAUCAGCAGUGAUUAGAAUUCUAAUUGUACAUAGCGCGCGCUCAUUUAAAUUAUCAUUACUUAAUGUAUACCAUAAGAGCUUUAUUAUUCGAAUAAAAUGGAAAAACCA